CUGGGUUAUUUAUUUCAAUUUAGCACUAGUACCUUUGCCAAAAUUGGCUUACAUAGUUUUGAAAUAUUUGAAAAUAUCAAACAAAAAAGACACUGGAAUGAUUUCUUCGGAGCAAUUAAUUUUGGUCGAUAUGUCAUCACUAGUUGCAAUUCUGAUUUAGGGCACGUGUUGGGUUUGUUUCACGAACAGGCGCGUUUCGAUCGCGAUAAUUAUGUUCAAGUUGUGCAUACAAAUAUCGCUUACGAAUACGCUGGACAAUUCGUAAAGCAGUCCCUGGAUACAAUCAAUCCGUUUGGCGUAGAUUACGACCUUGGAUCAGCGAUGCAUUACGAUCAAAUUGUGACUACGCGUACGGCUGGCAAAUUUGCAUUUUCUGGAAAUGGCCUACCUACGCUGCGGACUCUUGAUCAUAAUUAUCAGUUAACAAUUGGGCAGCGAAAGCAGCUAUCCUUCAAUGAUAUCAAAAAAAUCAAUUUUGCUUAUUGCAAUCGGACGUGCAUCCUUCAGCUGCCAUGUCAACGUGGCGGUUACACGGAUCCUAAACUAUGCAGUCGAUGUCGUUGUCCGGAACCAUUCAGCGGAAUUUUUUGUGAGUUACCACGACCAGGCAGUUCAUUAUGCGGUACACUCGAACAUCAUGCCAGUGAGGCUAUACAAACAUUGACAAUGGCUGGUGUUGGAGAAUGCAAUUAUGUUAUCAAAAUUUUCAUGCUACAGGCAAAACCAUCGAAACGGAUCUAUUUAUUAUUUGAUGCGUUCAAAUUCGACUCGUCGGUGCCAUGCGGUGACAGCUUCACCGAAGUACGCUACAAGGAUGUUAGCAACACGGGCGCUAGGUUCUGCAAUGUGAAGCCGGAGCCGCUGGUAAGUGAGACGAAUGAAGCUAUCGUCAUGUAUCAUGGUGAUGCGCUCAGCUAUUUUGUCAUUCGAUUUCGAGCUUUGGAGCAGUCAGAAACCGAUUCGAAAACAGCCGUAAAAUCAAUCAGCGUGCUUAAUUUUAUUCCUUACGAUGUGGAUUUGGGGAAUCCCGCGACUAAACUGAUACCAACGUAA